AUGCUGGGUACAGUGGGACUGCCGAAGCUGUCACGGUCACUUAGUAUUGAUGAGGAACCCUCUCAGUCCGCUCGUAGGACCUCGCGAUACAGAGACACGAUAGAUGAAGAAAAGAGAGAGAGGGAGACGAGCGGGCGAGGGGAGGUGACAGGCCGAGCAGCUUCACGAAAUCUUAAUCCGUCGCACAGCGGCCGUGCGACAACCACUGGCGACUCGAGCGACCGCGAGAGGGUAUCCUUCCGCAGCGACGCGGAGCUCGAUGCGCUUCAUGGCUGCGGCAACGGCCAUGGCUUCUUCUGCGUUCCCUGCCUGCAGCCUCUCAUCUCCCGCGAAAUGCGCUCCAACCCCUCUGACGCGCCUGACUCGUCUCUCACGCCUAACCCUUCCCGCACGCCUGAUGCUUCCCCCGCGCCUAACUUUCUCCGCUCGCCUAACCCUUUCCGCUCGCCUGAUUCCUUUCGCGCGCCUGAUUUCUUCCGCGAGCCUGAUUCCCUCCGCGCGCCUGACUCCUUCCGCGCGGCUGACUCCUUCCGCGCGCCCGAUUCUUCCCGCGCGCCUGAUUCCUCCCUCACCUCUCUCAGCUCGCGCAACUUGGCCGCUUCCAUCGGGCCUGGCGGCAGUAGUCGGCGCAAUCGUCACCGUCAGCAGCACGGACGGUCACGAUCUGCUGCGGCGCUCGAGCCGAUUCCGCGUUCUCCAGCGACAUUAGCGGGGCAGCACUCUGCUGGUCUUCGCAGCCCCGGUCUAGACUCCGUUAACCUUCGCUCUGUCGGCAAUAGUAGCCGGGGUGUGCAAUCAGACCGUCCCGACUCUGCUGAGCGACAGGAAGCGUCGUCCGGGCGACUGGAAGCGUCAUCGUGGCGACAGGAAGCGUCGUCUUGGCGACAGGAAGCGUCGUCUUGGCGACAGGAUGCGUCUUCUGGGCGGCUGGAAGCGUCGUCUGGGCGGCUGGAAGCGUCGUCUGGGCGGCUGGAAGCGUCGUCUGGGCGGCUGGAAGCGUCGUCUGGGCGGCUGGAAGCGUUGUCUAGGCGACUGGAAGUGUCGUCUGAUCGACUAGAAGGUGUUUUCGAGAUGUUAGACGGAGAGGCGGGGCUGGUGGGGGAAGCGUCUGGGCGAUCCGAAGAGUCGCAUUGGCGACGAAGUGUCGCAGGCGACGCGGCGAGCGACAGGAGCGCGUCGUCUAGACUAAUGGGAGCAGCGGAAAGCAGCUCGCACGACUCACCCGACAGGGAUACCCCGGGAGAACAGGGCAAGCCAAAAUCACGGCUGCGAGUGAGGUGGGGUUCUGACUCACCCGACAGGGAUACCCCGGGGGCAGCAGGAGAGGGCUGGGGUGGUAUAGUUGUAGAAGGCAUCAACGUGCUCGUGGGCGCGUGCAUUCUCUACAACGUGGUGAGUGAUGGAGGGGUGGGAGGAGGGGGGUUCAGAACAUCUCCUAACCAGACACCUGCAUUCUCUGCAACCAACACUCUAUCGCCUUUGACCUGCGCUCCACAGGCGCACGCAUGCCACCUACAAGCCACCUCCUCCCACACCCUCUCACCCUCCCUCUUCCAUACCCACUCCAUGCUCCCACCACACCUCUCACCUCACCCUCCCGCCCGCCAGUGGGAGAUUCUCUUCCAGAUCGCCUUUGAUCUGCGCUCCACAGGCGCCUGGCUCAUCGUCGACUCAACCCUCUCUGCCAUCUACCUCAUCGACGUAUGUGACAAGGGAGCAGCAUGUGCGCACAAGCGAUGGCAUCAAGAUCUUACAGCCGCAGCAGAUUGUUCUGGAGCAGCGCCGCAUCGCAUGUCAUUACCUGCACUCGUGGUUCCUUCCUCCUCCACCUGCUCUCUUCCCUGCCCAUGCACCCAUGCCUUUACCUUCUCCUUGCCCCCUCCUCUGUGCCCCUGUCCCCCUCCCCUUCCCCCGCCAGCGCCGCAUAGUGUGGCAUUACCUGCACACUUGGUUCCUGCUCCACCUGCUCUCGUCCCUGCCCAUGCAACCUGCGCCUUCUCUCCUGCUCUCCUCCCCUGCCCCGUCUCCCCCUACUCCUCUCAUCAGCGCCGCAUAGUGUGGCACUACCUGCGCACAUGGUUUCUACUAGACCUGCUCUCAUCGCUCCCCAUGGAUCUCAUCAUCUCCCUCACCACCACCUCCUCCUCUGGCUUCUGGAUCUCCACCGUGUUCCGAGCGCUGAAGCUCUUCCGCAUGCGGCGCCUGCUGAACGCCACGGACCAGCUCAGGACGUCCUUCCUGCGCUCCACGUGGAUGGAGCUCACCGUGCUCAUCCUCCAGAUCUGCAUGUUCUGCCACGUGGGCGCGUGCAUCUUCGCUCUGAUUGGCCGGCUCGAGCCAGAGGGCCAAUCGUGGCUCGCCACCUUCUUCUGGGAUGACAACGGGGAGGCGCAGCCGCUGGAAACAGCGCCGCCAUUUGUCGCCUACGUGGCAGCCAUCUAUUGGUCCAUGGUCACCUUUGCCUCGGUGGGAUACGGUGACAUCUACCCCCAGGACACCAUCCCAGAGCGCAUCUUCGGCACCAUUUACAACCUGCUCGCAGCCAUCAUGCUGGGCUAUGCUGUCGGUCAAAUCACCUCCUUAAUCUACGCCAGCAGGGAGCGUCGGGAGAAUGCAAGGCAGCGAUUUGGAACACUCCACAAGUUCAUUGAGAGGGAGGAGCUUCCAGAGUGGCUUGCCAACCGCCUGAUGGUGCACCUCACCCGCCAGUGGCAGGCGCAGCUGUCACAGAAGUUUGAUGAGUUUGAGCUCAUGGAGAGCCUCACGUCUGCUCCCACACGCUACGCUCCUCCCCAUAUUCCCAGCCCCAUCCUCCCGCACAGCCAUGCGUUUAUAGCGAAGCUGCUGGGGGCGCUGGUGUUGCGGCGAGUAGCAGCAGGCGAGUUCAUCUGUGCGGAGGGGGAGGUGAGCCGGCACCUCUACAUCCUGCGCGCCGGCACUGCUGAUGCCACGUGGAUUAAGACUCCCGAGGACGAGAAGGAGAAGGAAGAGGGGGAUGGGGUUGGGGAGAUGGCUUUGGGGUCGAUUCAAAAGUCACUGCAAGCUGGCGCUGCUGAUGCCUCAUGGAUUAAAACGCCAGAGGAGGAAGAGGGGCAGCAUCCCUUCGUCCCGGCCAACCCCACUGCCUCCCUUAUCCACUCCAUCCCCACUCUUUACCCCGUUCAAAACAAUUUUUUUCUUCCUCCCUCCCUCCCUACUUCCCCCCCCACCCACCCCGCUUCCCAUCAGCAGCAUCCCUUCGUCCCGGCCAACCCCACUGCCUCCCUUAUCCGCUCCAACUCCCAACGCCUCCUCCGCCGCCUCUCCCGCUCCCGCCAACUCUCAAUCUCCCACUCCCGCCAACUCUCCAUGACCCACUCCCGUCAACUCUCCCUCCGUAUCGCCCCCGGGCAAGCCCUCAACAUACCCGGCGCUUUCCCGGGGAACCCCGCAAUCGCCCCGGGUUCCCACGCGGACCCUCUAGCACUGGCAGCAGCAGCAGCGAUGGCAGCAGGAGUAGCAGAAGCGCCGAGGAAUCCUCUUGAAAUGGUGUUGGAGCAAGAGGGGGGGAAGGUGGAGUUAGAGCAUCGGGCGGUGGGGACAGGGUUUGUGAUGGGGAUGGAGGGGUUGCUAGAGGCGUUUGAAACGCGGAUGGAAGAGGAGGAAUGGCCGAAACAGAGGGUUUCCCUGAUCUGUGAGGAAGAGAGGGAAUGGAAAGGGGGAAAAGGGUUAGGUGGGGGAGGGGGAGGAGGGUUUGUGAUUGGCAUGGAAGGGUUGCUGGAGGCGUUUGAAACGUGCAUGGACGAGGAGGAAUGGCCGAAACAGAGGGUCGCUCUGAUCUGUGAGGAAGAGAGGGAACGGGGAAGGGGAAAAGGAGGGGAGAGAGGGAAGGGGGAAGGGGAAAAUGAGGGGAGAGAGGGAAGGGGGAAGGGAAAAAUGAGGGGAGAGAGGGAAGGGGGAAGGGGAAAAGGAGGGGAGAGAGGGAAGGGGGAAGGGGAAAAGGAGGGGAGAGAGGGAAGGGGGAAGGGGAAAAGGAGGGGAGAGAGGGAAGGGGGAAGGGGAAAAGGAGGGGAGAGAGGGCAAAGACAGAGUGCAAGCUCCUCCUCCUCCUCGAUGGCCAAGACGGAGUGCGAGCUGCUCUUGCUUCUCCUGGACGAUCUAUUCGACACGCUAGAGAGCUUCCCCCAGCUGCUCCACGACAUGCGCUUUGCCCUGCGCCUGCCCAUGGGCGUGCACGAGCAGCAGCAGAACCGCCUGGCGCGCAGCCGUGGCGUUGCUGCUUCCGCUGUGCGCGAGGCAUUGGAAAGCCCGUAG